CAACACAAAUUGCUGUUCCAACCUUGUACUUUUUCUCAUUGGAAGUGUGAGUUUGACUGGACACGUACUGAGACGUGCGGGUGGACGAGAUGAAUUUAUUCCGCUCUGAACUUCUUCUCAUUCUGGCCUGCGUGUGUGUUCAUACCGUACAGGCCGCAAUCGGUACCUCAGUGAUAAACUGUGCAAGUGGAACUAGUCAGAACGUCGGUUCUACUACAGAGGGCUUUGAAGGAGAUGUAGAGAGUCUGACUAACAUCAGCCCUGGUGAUUCGCUGCAGUUAGAGGGUUACCCCUUCCCCAUCAGCAAGGACUUUCUGGAACUGGUUCAUGUUCCUGGAGAAACGACUGGCACCAUCAGAACCACAAAACCUCUGGAUGCUGAUGCUCUGACUGAGACGGAUGGUACUCUGUACUAUUCGGUGACAUGCAGUACUUCAGGAAUCAGAAACCGCAGGACCCUCGUGAUCUUUGACAUCAAUGACAAUGCACCAGUGUUUGAGCAGAAAGUGUACACAGCUAACGUGUCUGAGAUUGAAAGCGUGAAAUUCCAGGUGCUGAAGGUGCGAGCGGUUGAUGCUGAUGUGUCACUUGGAAACAGCAGAGUGACUUAUUCCAUACUGGAUCCAGCUCCGGCAGAGUUCGAGGUGUGGAAUGAUGGGACGGUCAGACUGCACAGUCGAUUGAACUACAACACUGCCAGUUUCUACAACUUCACCGUGAAAGCUGCGGAUGCUGGGAACCUGUAUGACACAGCCACUGUCACCAUUAACGUGCAAGACUUCGACAACCUGAACCCGUACUUCGAUCACACUCUCUACCAGGCUUUUAUUCCUGAGAAUCAGGUCGGACCCUUCAGAGCCGUCAUGCCAGAGAAUAUAAAAGCUCAAGACGGAGACAUGGGAAUCAACCAGACCGUAGUUUACAGUAUAAUCACAGUCACUCCAAAUAAAUAUCAGCCCAACUUCAGUAUAGACGAGAACACCGGAAUCAUCUCUGUGACCCCGGCGCUGGACAGGGAGGAAAUAGAAUCCAUCACGCUCCUAAUACAGGCAGUUCAGCAGGAUGACAGUGCUAAAAUCGCCAAUGCUAUCGUGUUGGUCACCGUUGAAGACGUGGAUGACAAUGUUCCGGAGUUUGACCAGAGCAACUACACUGCGGUUAUACCAGAGAAUUCCCCUCGAGACCAUUUCAUUCUUCAGGCCAAAGUCACAGACCAGGAUCAGGGAGGUUUUGUGGGAACACUGAGGCUUGUUCCAGACACAGUUCCUUUCUCCAUCGAUCCGGACGGAGCCAUCAGGGUAAAGACGUCCUCCAAACUGGACAGAGAGACCAUCCACGAGUUUGCUUUUAAGAUCGAAGCGAGAGAGAACCCUCCCUCUAACCACAGCACCAUGGCCAGUGUAAACAUCAUGCUCUCGGAUGAGAACGAUAACAGCCCAGUGUUCGGAAGUGCCAAGUAUGAGGGCAAAGUUUCCACGGAUCAAACUGUUGGCAUGCUGGUUGUCAAGGUUGAAGCAACGGAUCUAGAUGAGGGGCUGAAUGGGCAAAUCAGAUACUUCAUUGAGUUCGGGAAUGACGAGGGCUAUUUCAGCAUAAAUGAAAACACCGGCGAGAUGACGUUAAACAAGACCAUCCCACUUCUGGAGAACACGAUCCUCCAGUUUUUGUUGUUUGUGACUGCGAUAGAUGGGGGCAGCGUGAGCCAAUCCGCCUCUGCUCUCGUGGACAUUAAGGCGCCUGGAGACUCUCGUCCUCAGUUCCUUCAAAAAUCAUACGAAGGAAAAGUUGAGGAGGAGCAAGAAUCUGGGGCAGAAAUAGUCAAGGUGACCUUCCUGUCUGUGUCCCCUGCCACUCCUGUCAUUCUAACCGUUGAGACGGAAGCAGACAAGUUCUCCGUGGACCAGCUGACCGGAACGCUUACAACAAAAGUUAAACUAGACCACGAGGUCCAGAAGAACUACACCGUCCUGGUGUCCAUUUCAGAUGGCGUUAAUCGUGAUGAAGCGACGGUUUACGUCGACGUUUUAGACAUUAACGACAACAGUCCCAAAUUCCCCUCCAGUUUAUUCUUCGCCAUCAUUCGAGAGGACGCAGGGAUUGGCUCCAACAUGAUCAAUGUAGAAGCCACAGACGCAGAUUCGGGAUUAAAUGCUGAAAUACGGUACAGUCUUGAGGGCACAGCUGGGAUGUUCGCCGUGAACCCAGAAACGGGGUUCAUCAUAAUCACGGCAGAACUUGACAGAGAAACCAAACACGAGUACAACCUUACCAUGGUGGCCCAAGAUCAAGGUCGUCCAUCUCUCUCUGCAACAGCGUCUGUGGUGGUCACGUUAACCGACGUCAAUGAUAACCCCCCAAUCUUUUCCAAACAGCGGUAUGAGGCCAGCGUGUUAGAAAACGCCACUGUAGGAACCGACCUGAUUGUCGUCAAUGCCACCGACAAAGACGAAGGUCCAAACGCUGUAGUGUCCUAUCACAUUGCCAAGCAGGAGCCACCUUCUUCACCUUUAGCCUUUUCUAUAGACGCAACUUUAGGAAUAAUAAGUGUGGCUCAAACGCUGGACUACAGCAAGGUGAAGAAAUACAGCCUGGAGGUGGAAGCCAGGGAUGGAGGAAGUCUUUCUUUUACGGGCAGUGCAGUGGUGGUUGUGUUGGUUGAAGACGUGAAUGAUAAAGCACCAAAGUUUAGCAAGAAUCAAUAUGACGUGGCUGUGUAUGAAAAUAUAGCUCCUGGAUCUCCACUUGUGUCGCUCGAGGUCACAGAUGAGAACGAGGGCGGAUUCUCAAACGGGCACUUCCUUUUGACCAGUGAUGAUUUCAGCAUUAACAACGAAGGCGUGGUCCACCUGAGAAGUAACUCUAGCCUUGACAGAGAGACCAGAGACAAUUACAUUAUAGAGGUGGUGGCCGUGGAUCAGCCGGUCAGUGGCUUGAGCGCAACUGCCCAGAUCAACAUAACGGUCCUGGAUGUCAACGACAACAACCCACAGUAUUCAAAGUUCCAAAAUCCUAUAACGAUCCCUGAAGACAAAACAGGUGAAGUGGUGAAAAUCGAAGUGAGUGACCUGGACAUCGGUUUGAAUGGAGAGACCACUUUUACCACAUAUUCACACAAUGAUUCCUUUGGCUUCCUUGUGGAUGGGACUUUGAUAGUGAUUGGGACACUGGAUCGUGAGAAACAAGAGGUUUAUACGUUGGUACUUGUGGCUAGUGAUUAUGGCACACCACAAAGACAUAACAUCACCACGUUGAAGGUUAUUGUGACUGACGUUAAUGACAAUGCCCCGGUCUUCAGUCAGCCGUCAUACUCGACACGUGUUCUGGCGAAAGACGUCAAAAAAGGAGAUCUGGUGUUAACGGUGUCUGCUACAGAUCAAGAUGUCGGGAACAACUCUCUCAUCACCUACAGGUUGUCUAAAGACUCGGACAUGGUGGAUUUGAAUCCUGAAACAGGAGCCAUGACGUGGACCAGUGACCUCACUCACCUCACUGAGGACACACUUAUAGAGCUUAUCAUUAUAGCUGAAGACCAUGGAACGCCACCACUGAACGAUACAGCGACUGUCACGAUCAACGUGAGAAGCAUCCAUCUGAUGGACACCAUCUUUUUCGAGAACGCCACCUACGUGUUCUCAGUAAAGGAGAACGAGCCGGCUGAAACAAACGUGGGCGGGGUCAGGGCACUAACAGGAAACCAGCUGAUCCAGGUCACUUAUAGUCUGAUGUCACACACAGAGCUGUUCAGUGUGGACAAAAGUGGAGGGAUCAAGACGCUCAAGUCGCUGGAUAAGGAGGAAAAGGAAACGUACAUCAUUAACGUGAAAGCCAUUGACUCCAGGAGGCCUCCCAACACAGCAAAAACCACGGUGGUAAUUGAGGUAGAAGAUGUGAACGAGACUCCUGUCUUUGAACAAGAAAGGUACACAGCAGAAAUCUACAGCAUCGCCCCGUUCAGAUAUCCAGUAGUGACCGUGAAGGCACUGGACCCUGAUGUCUGGGACAGCGAGGAGCUCCAGUACUCCCUGCAGGAUUCCAGUUCACUGCUGGGAAUCGAGAGCAACUCUGGUCAGGUUUAUGUGCUGGAUUUAGCAGGAACGGGCGGUAAAACAAUAACCGCUCACGUUAAAGCCACGGAUAAACACGGACUCUCUGCAAGCGCUGAGAUACAGAUCCAGGUGAAAGACAGCACCAGCGAGAACAUUGUGGUGAUCACGCUGAACCAGCCUGCUCACACGGUCCAGAUGAAGAUGACAGAAACUCAGAAGUCUCUAGAGAAAGUGCUCGGCUGGAGCAUGCACGUCCUCAGCGUACGAGAAGAGCACGGGAACGAGAUGCGUUCACGUGUGUCGAAAAUAAAAACAAAGACGUACAUCAGCUUCAUCGCAGUGGACGCGGCUGGAGCGACCAUCAGCGCCAAGAAAGUCCACGAGAAGCUGCAGAGUGAAAGUGAGAGCGUGAAGGUUGAACUGGAGAAAGUGUUCGGUUCUGAUGUGGAACUGGAAGGAGUGGAGCAAGAAUCCAAAAAACAGGAGAACCAGGACGAGACGGCUGUUAUUGUGCUCGGGGUCUUGCUGGCGCUCAGCCUCGUCGCACUCAUCACACUGACGGUGGUGGCUGUGAUGAAGUACAGGAAGAUGAAAGAUACCGAUUCAGACCGAGAAAGCUUUAACAUAGGGACGCCGGAGAGAUGUAGUGUCUUCACUAAUGCAGAAUUAUUGAGAGAUCAACAAGAGGAUCUGCAGAACUGGAACAGCAGCAGGAAAGCAUCAGAAGCAUCUCAAAAGAGAAGCGUGGCCGUGCCGUCUUCAGACAACGACCCCGACCCCAACACCAACACCACCACCAACUUCACCUCGGCCGUCUAACAACCAGCUACGUGUCCAAAAAACAAACUAAAUAAAAACACACACCUUCUGUAUAAACAAAAAAAA